AUGGAUACAGAAAACCACUCAGUGGUGACUGAGUUUAUCUUCAUGGGCGUCACCCAGGACCCUCAGAUGCAGAUCAUCUUCUUUGUGGUUUUCCUCAUAGUUUACCUGGUUAAUGUAGUGGGGAAUGUUGGUAUGAUUAUCCCGAUUAUAACAGACACUCAGCUUCACACACCCAUGUAUUUUUUCCUCUGCAAUCUCUCCUUUGUUGACCUGGGCUACUCCUCAGCCAUUGCCCCCAGGAUGCUGGCUGACUUCCUAACAACGCACAAAGUUAUCUCCUUCUCCAGCUGUGCCACCCAGUUUGCUUUCUUUGUGGGUUUUGUGGAUGCUGAGUGCUAUGUCCUGGCAGCCAUGGCCUAUGAUCAUUUUGUGGCUAUCUGUCAACCCCUCCACUAUCGCACCCUCAUGUCCAAGCGGGUCUGCUUGGCUCUCAUGCUGGGCUCUUACCUGGCUGGUCUCCACACUACCCUCACCUUCAGCCUGAGUUACUGUGGUUCCAAUAUCAUCAACCAUUUCUUCUGCAAAAUCCCACCACUCUUGGCCCUCUCUUGUUCAGACACCUACAUCAGUGAGAUCUUGCUCUUCAGUCUGUGUGGCUUCAUUGAAUUCAGCACCAUCCUCAUCAUCUCCAUCUCCUAUACCUUUAUCCUCGUUGCAAUCAUCAGAAUGCGUUCAGCCGAAGGCCGCCUUAAGGCUUUCUCCACCUGUGGGUCUCACCUUACUGGCGUCACCCUCUUCUAUGGCACAGUCAUGUUUAUGUACCUGAGGCCAACAUCCAGCUACUCUCUGGACCAAGACAAGUGGGCCUCUGUGUUCUACACGAUUAUCAUCCCCAUGUUGAAUCCCUUGAUCUACAGUUUGCAGAACAGAGAUGUGAAAGCUGCUUUCAAAAAACUAAUUCGAAAAAACCUCAAUAAUAACACAAAAUGAAAAUCUGUUUCUGUCAUAGGUAAAUAAUAGUAGUGGAAGGAGAUAGAAAAUGCAAAUGAUUUUUUGAUAAACACUACCCAAGUCUCCUUGCUAAGUGAAUAUUAAAUUCUGAAGGGGGGGCUCUAAUCCUUAACUCUACAAUCUGAAAGAAAUAUAAACUAAAUUAGUAUUUUUGAAAGACAUACUGGGCAAGAUGCAUUCAUUUCUUAUUCAAAGCCGGUUUACAUAUUAAUUAGAAAUUGGGACAGGACUCAAUAGGAGAAAGAAAUA